AUGUCAUCAAGCAAUGUAGUCUGCUAUUACCAUGGAAGCAUUAACGUGAGCCUACUUAAUCCACACAUUUGCACUCACAUCAUUUAUACAUCAAUUGGGAUUGACAGAGAUGGAAACAUUAAAUUUCCAUAUGCAGACGAAAUUCAAGUUUUAAGUGAAUUAAAUUUUCUUGAAAAAAUGCGAAAAAUAAAUGAAAAGUUAAAGCUUUUAAUUUCAAUUGGUGACAACUGUGAAGAUCAACAGAAAGCCUUCAAUUCAAUGCUGUCAAGUCAAACGUCGAGAAAAAAUUUUGCAAAAAAUAUUCUUGGAUUUUGCAGGAAAUGCAACUUUGAUGGAAUCGAUAUAAAUUGUCAAUUUCCACAAAAACAGCAGUCGGCAGCCUUUACAGACUUAAUUAAGAGAUUAAAAGAACUCAUAAACGGUGCAUUGUCAUUCGAUGUGUCACUUCCAACAGAAUUUGAUGUCUUUAACUUUGAGGAAACUGUCGAUCCACAAAUCCUGUCAGUCACAGUCAACGCACAUGCCUUUAAUGCCUACGACAUCAAACACAUUUCAAAGAAAGUAAAAUUUAUAAAUUUAAUGACAUUCGACAUGGAAAUGCCUUCUCGUGAGCUUAUAACUGUUGAUCAUGCGGUUAGCAUUUGGCUGUCACAUGGAGCUAAUUUGGGUAAACUUAAUAUUGGUGUUGCUACAUAUGAAUGUAAUGAUAGUAAGACAAUUCGAUCAAAGACUAAUUAUGCAAAAUUUGGAGGUUUUGGAGGUGUUGUGAUUCAUGCAUUUGAUGGAGAUGAUAGUAGUGCUGGAUUUCCGUUGAUUAGGAGUGCAUAUGAAGCUAUUGAUGAGAAAUGA